CCCCAAGUUGUAAAGAGGAAGGAGAGACCCACAUAACACCUACCGACACUCCGUUGGCUUCGUGUCGUGUUAUCCUCCUGUCUCCCCUUUUUUUUUCUUUUUUUCCCUAUCUCCCUCCUCUCCCAUCCGUUCCUUAACAGGUUUCUUUUUCUAAUGUUUCCCCUCCCUAUUGCCAUUCUGAACUUUCCAUGUCUCACCCCCCAAGUAAUGGAAAUAGCCCGUCAUUAUCAAUUUCCACCCCACCUUAUGUGCCUCCUCUCCAACCCCACGAAUGCCCGGAGCCCACAAACUGGCAAUCCCACACUACCGACGGGGGGGCAGACAGCACUCCCGCUCCGCCUCCACUAUAACCAUUUGAUACCGCUGGUUUGCAAUUUAGCGCUAUCAAGGGAUAUUGCAUGCCGACGACCUGGCGGAAAUGUGAAUAGGGCGAGCAAAAAAGUACUCUUCUGGCCACUACACCGGUAGUAAGGUGCCAUAUGUUUUGGAAAGGGCGAAACACAUGGCUUUGUAGCCCUGCCUGGCGCUCUUGAGAGACAAAUAAUUAUUCCUCCUAAGCUGAUUAGAUUAGCAAACCGGUAUCAAAAUAAUUUGUCCCAUGCAGUCUUGGAGCUCGGUUUGAUUUUUUCUUUUCCUCACCCUCAUCCUCACCUCUUUCUUCUUUCCAUUUCCUGUUGGUAAUGGCCAAGUCGCAUAUCACCCAGAUCGCAAUGAAGUGAUUACCGUAUCGCCCGACCCCUCCAAACAAAAAGGUUACCCCUCCAAGGACCAGGACCAGGACCAACCCCCCCCCUCGACAUUCUUGUCAGUCCAGCCUGUCGACCACUCUACCUCCUCUCAACCGACAAUAACUCCUUAUCUCUCUCAGCUUCUCCAUUCGUACGUUUCCAUUGUUUUCGCCCUCUCCCAUCCGCUGCUCUACCCCCCAGCGAAACUAAAAUAAAGACCACUCGUUACUCACGAGUUCCCUCCAUCUACAGGCUUCCUCCGUGUGAUUCACCAGAGCUUCCCUCAUUCGCAAGAUUCUGUCACCCUGCGUAAUAAAAGAUGUAUCUCACUGCAUCUCGAAAGCCGCCUAGCCGCAAAGGUUCGUCUACUCAUCUAUUUUCAGUUUGCGAAUUGAGCCUCUAGCUUGCUUGCCUUGCCCUGGUUGAAGAGUUUUUUGGUUUUUUCUCAUUCUCUCUUUUCGCUUAGGUGAGUUAUUAACGGGAAGAGUUUCUGGCUAGGCUCCAUGCACGAUGUGCCAAACGAUCUCAUGAAGCAUAUCCAUGAACUCGAGGAGAUGUUUACCAUCCACACCCCAAAACUCCUGGAGAUUGUGUCCAAAUUCCAGGAGGAACUCGUCAAGGGUAGGCACCUUUCACAUGUUGACAACAGGGGAGGUGUUGUUAGCUAGUUUGCUAAAAAAAAAUUGUUUGACGGUGUAGGGUUAUCCGUGGCAGGCGGUUCUAUUGUAUGUUUUAUCCGGAUCUGCAACUGCGUUCUGAUUCAUCGCUUUACGUUUUGGCCAUCCAAUGAGAUACUAAUACAUUACCGUCUGUUCGUAGCCCAUGAACCCGACUUGGGUCAUUGGAUAUCCUACCGGCGAUGAGACGGGCACCUACCUCGCUCUCGACAUGGGCGGGACAAAUCUUCGUGUUUGCGAGGUUGAGCUUCCUGAAGAGAAGGGCCAGUAUGACAUCUAUCAGUCCAAGUAUCGCCUUCCAGAAGAGAUCAAAUCUGGCACCGGUGACCAGCUUUUUGAUUACAUUGCCGAGUGCGUAAAGCAGUUCUUGAUCGCCAAUCACGAGUGUGAAGAUAUCAAGGAUUUGAAGGAACUACAUCUUGGUUUUACUUUUUCCUACCCGUGCGAGCAGAACGCCAUUGAUCAUGGUAUCUUGCAGCGUUGGACUAAAGGUUUUGACAUUGAAGGUGUUGAAGGCCAUGACGUUGUUCCCAUGUUCGAAGCUGCUCUUGAGAGAAAGGUAGGGAUUCAUUCCAUAGUUGGCUUCUUAAUUUAUACUGAUUACGGCCGUUCAGGGGGUCCCUAUUAAAAUCACCGCUUUGGUCAAUGACACUACCGGAACUCUGAUCGCUUCCGCUUAUACCGACAAUACUACCAGAAUUGGUUGCAUCUUCGGUACCGGUUGCAAUGCUGCCUAUAUGGAAACUAUUGGCUGUAUUCCUAAACUCGCUCAUAUGAAUCUCGAUCCUAAUCUCGAGAUUGCUAUUAACUGUGAAUGGGGAGCGUUCGACAAUGAGCAUUUUGUCCUUCCUCGCACCCCAUAUGAUAGGCAUAUUGAUGAAAGCUCUCCCCGUCCAGGACAGCAAACGUUUGAGAAGAUGGUUGCCGGCCUUUACUUAGGAGAAAUCUUCCGUUUGGCUCUAGUCGACCUUUAUUCCAACCCUGAUGUUAAAAUCUUUGAAAAGCAGGACAUUAGUGCUCUUCAGCUUGAGUAUUCCUUAGAUUCAUCCUUCUUGGCCGAGAUUGAGAGGUAUGUCAUUCACCGGCAUGCUUGGUGGGCUUGGGCUUACUGUUUCUAGUGAUCCUUGGGAGAAUUUGAUGGAAACUCAUGCCCUCUUUGAGAAGAAGUUGAAGAUUGAUACUACUGAGCCUGAGCGUAAGCUCAUCCGUCGCCUUGCUGAGCUCAUCGGAACUCGUGCCGCUCGCCUUUCCGCCUGUGGUGUUGCGGCCAUUUGCAAGAUGAAAAACAUUGAAUCUUGCCAUGUUGGUGCUGACGGAUCUGUAUUCAACAAGUACCCCAACUUCCAGGAACGAGGCGCAAAGGCUCUUCGCGAAAUCUUUGGCUGGGGAAAAACCGUUAGGAACGAUCCUAUCCAGAUUGUUCCCUCUGAGGAUGGGAGUGGUGUCGGUGCCGCCUUAAUUGCCGCACUCACCAUGAAGCGAAUUAGGAAGGGUAUUCAUGCUGGUGUCAACGUCAAGCGCAAGAACUCGUUGAUUCCUCCAAUCCCGUAGGGAAAACGAGAUUUCUUGUGGGGUCCUAUAGUUCUGUAUUAUUUACUCUACUCUAGGUCUCUGUAUGUUUUAAUACCCCACUUUUCCUUUGCUACAUCACUUGGGAAAUACAAUGAUAUGGCCAUAUUUUUUCCAUCAUUAUUAUUGCAGAAUUUUUAUUUUUGCUCUUGACGUGAAGUUUCUGCCUUUUCCCAUUCACUUUAGCUGGAAAGCACCACAAGGUUAGUACGAGUACGGUAGUGGGGGUUUUCGGAACUUGCAUCCACUGUGAAACUGUUGCUUAUGUCUUUGAUUCAUUACCGUAUCCCGCCCAAGCUACAACAAUUGGAUGCGUAGUUAGUUUUUUUUUUUUCUUUUUCUUUUUCUUUUUCUUUUUCUUUUCCCUCUUUUUUCCCUUCACUUUCAAAUUUCUAAUUAUCAUUUCUUUUCCCAUUUCUCUUCCUGCUCACUACGGGUACUUGUGGCAUACAGCAGAGGAGAAGCCCAAUUCCUCCAAAAGAAUGACAACAAGAAAUAAUAAUAAUAAUAAUAAUAAUAAUAAUAGUAAUAAUAAUACCUCAUCAUCAUCAUCAUCAUCAUCGUUUCACGUACCGUACCGUAAAUGCUUACAAGUAUGAUAGCGUCACACAGUUUCCGUAGCCCGCAGUA